AUUGAAACCACCGAUACGCCGCACAUUUUGUUGGGGAGGUGUUGAACUACAGAUGGAAAUCGACACAGGGUCUCCGGUGUGCGUCAUCUCGCGCCAUAUCUACGAGCGACAUGGCACACAGUGGCCACGCUUGAAGGCGCCCCAAAUGAAGUUAUCGUGUUACGCGGGAGAGCUGCCAAUGCUGGGUGAACUCGAACUGUCGGUGCGGUACAAAAAUGUGUCCGUCAUGUGCACACUAAUUGUGCUUGACUGUGCAGGACCGAGCCUAUGUGGACGUGACCUGAUAACGGCGCUCAGCAAUAUGGGCGUGACGAUUGGACAGCUGACGGCGCCGGAAUUACCUGCCGCUACACGUUCAUUCGCUCACAGGGUGAACAGUAUGCUUGCGGACUACGAAGACGUCUUCUCGGCAGACCUUGGACUCAUCAAAGGUCCUCCUGCUAGCCUGAAGCUCAAGUCGACAGCGACGCCAAAAUUCUGUCGGCAGUUCACCCUGGUCACCCACCAUCAACCCCUGCUCGGACUACUGAGGCCUGAUCGCCAGACACCAACGAUAGCAGCAGCUCAAAUUCAACGGUGGGCACUGUUCCUGGGCGGCUACCAGUACAAGCUGCAGUACGUGCCUGGGAAGCAACUGCUGACAGCAGAUGCCCUCAGCAGACUUCCAGUAGAGGCGUCUGGGCCAACGUUGGAUGGCGACCCACCCGAGCGAACCCCCCAAAGGGAAGGAAAGUCUCCUGCGGAGUUUCUCCUGGUCUACCAACUACGUUCGCGCCUGGACAUGUGAUUGCCGCCCAGGGCCACAGGUUCGGCAACAGGUACGGAUGACUGGGCUGUCUUGCCAGGCAGCAGAGUGUAUGUGCGGAAUUAUGGCAGCGGCCCAAAGUGGGCG